AUGAUGAAGAGUGUCAUUUCAUCUACUCGCGCUAUGCGGCGCACGCAACUUCUGAAUACAUCCAAAUUGGCUUCCACAUCGAGGCCAUUCAGCAUUUCCACCUCGCUCGAGCAAUCUUCCGGCAUGAAAAAUCCAGUUUCCAGCUCACCGGAAUCACAACACGUCAAUGCUUCCCGAGGUCUGGAAGAUCGGGCGGAUGACACUGCCGAUACGCGAUCCGUGCAGUCUCCAGUAACUAAGCGCGAUCCAUUGGAGAAAGACAGCGAAGCACACGCGGGGGAGGAACAAACAUCGACAGACGCACAGAUCAAAAAUGACCCUAAAAAGCCUGCGGAAGCAAAAAGAAAGAAUGUUGAAAAGGCAGGUCAAAAACCCAUGGGACCUGAGGAUCAUCAAUAG